GGUACCCAAUCAAUCCCCGGUGCCGCCGCCACCCAAGGGAGCCGAUCACCCAAACUGGGUGAGGCACCUUCAGCUCCACUCACUGCCCGCUGUCCCAGAGGGUGGAAGGAAUUCCAGAGGAGCCCCAAGGAUUUUUCAUUCCCAAGGAGUGGCCGGAUGAAGGAGGAGGAAAAGCCCCAGAGAUGCCGCACAAGGAGGGGCUGCAAAUCCAGCGCAGGGAGCUGCGAGGAGGAAAGACCCCCCCUGUGCCAGGAGGUCGGCCGGAGAUCCAGCCAGAGCUCCGAGCUGGUGGAGAAGCCUCAUGGAGGGGAGAAGCCCCACAAGUGCUUGGAAUGUGGGAAGGGUUUCAGCUGGAGCUCCAGUCUGAUCCGGCACCAGGUGAUCCACACCAGGGAACGACCCUAUGAGUGUGGGGAAUGUGGGAUGAGCUUCAGCCUGAGCUCCAGUCUGAUCCGGCACAAGAGCAUCCACACUGGGGAAAAGCCCUACGAGUGCGGAGAAUGUGGGAAGAGCUUCAGAGGAAAUUCUGCCUUGAUCCAGCACCAGGUGAUCCACACUGGAGAAGGGCUCUACACCUGCUUGGAAUGUGGGAAGAGCUUUGGAUGGAGCUCCAGCCUGAGGAAUCACCAGCGCAUCCACACAGGGGAGAGGCCCUACGAGUGUCAUGAGUGUGGGAAGAGGUUUCACACCAGCUCAAAUCUCCUCAUACAUCAGCGGAUUCACAGAGAGGAGAGGCCCUUCCGCUGCCCCGACUGCGGGAGGGGCUUCAAGCACAACUCAAACCUCACUCUCCACCGGCGCUUCCACACUGGGGAGAGGCCCUACAAGUGUCCUGAGUGUGGGAAGAGGUUUCACACCAGCUCUGAUCUCCUCCUACAUCAGCAGAGUCACACAGAGGAGAGGCCCUUCCGCUGCCCCGACUGCGGGAAGGGCUUCAAGCGCAACUCACACCUCACUGUCCACCAGCGCAUCCACACUGGGGAGAGGCCCUACGAGUGUCCUGAGUGUGGGAAGAGCUUCUUACAGAGGUCUCACUUGACCCGACACCAACAGAGGCACCACUAAGGGAAGCCCUGCGAGUGCCCCGAGAGUGGGAAGAGCUUCGUUCACUGCUCCAGCUCCAUCACCCAUGGGAGGAUCGGUGUUGGAUGUUCCCCAGUGACCCCCGUUGGGAAGAGCCUUGGUGAUCCGUGGUCCUGGUGAUCCAUGUUGGGAAGACACCUGGCUGGGAUGCUCCACAUCUUCCUGGCUCCCCGUGGGCACCUGGAUCGAUGCAGGGCAGAAACAUCCAUUGGGACACAGACAGACAUUGGGAAUUUUUGGGGAGAGCAGAUUUGUUGGCUUUCAACCCCAGAAAAGUUUGGCAUUAAAUCCUGUCUUCUAGGGGCAUUAUGGAAUAGUGGUUGGUCUUUUCCAAGCUCUCCCAGACUUUUGAUUUCCUACUGCCCAAGGGCAUCUUCCACAGCCAAAUGCUGAUGGACUGGGACCAGGACCAAGAUUUUGGAGACAGUUGGGUGGAAACCCCUCCAAAAAAGGUUCUUCCCUCUAGCCAAGCACAUGGAUCCUCAGCUGGCACAGACACAGCAAUCCUUUUCUUUUGGUCCCUAUUUCCCUUUCACUUCUCUUCAUCACUUUAAAAUAUCCAACACUGAGGUAGAAAUGAAGACAUUGAACUGGGACAUGGGUGAGGACAUGGGGGACAUAGACAUGGUGGGACAUAGACAUGGAGAGUGACAUGGGGACACAUAGACAUGGAGAGUGACAUGGGGACACAUGGACAUGGACAGGGAUGUGGCCAUUCAUGGGGACAUGAGGGGAAAUGGGCACAGCUGGAGAUGUGGGGGACAAUGACAGGGAUGGAUUUGUGGUGGGGAGACAGCCAUGGGUGAGGACAUGGUGGGACAUGGCCAGUGACAUGUGGGGACAUGGCCAUGGCUGGUGCCAUGGGGGGAACUUGCAGGGGCUGUGGGGGAUGCUGGGUUUGAGGGAGUUGAGGGUUCCUGGGAGGGACUUGGGGCUUGCUGAGGGCUUUGGGGAGCCCAGAGCUGGGAGACCCUGGCAGAGGUUGUGGGGCAGCUGCUCAAGGACCCCCUGAGCUGGACCCCCAGGUGGGCAUUGGGCUCCUGGAAGGGAAUGAAGGUCCUUGUCCCCAGGAGGGAAAUCCCAGCAUCCCCAGGGUAUUGGGGGCAGCUGAGAGGCCACAGCAGGGAGGGGAAAGCCAAACAGAGCUGUCCCCCUCCAGAACUGCACCCCAAAAAUCCCAAACUCAGGGACUCUUCCCAGGAAAAAGCUGUCAGGAGUUGCCUGAAUUGAGGGCAAGGGGGAUGGGACCUCAGACUGAGCAGGAGGGGCCUGGAACCUCCAAAACCAAGCAUGAUGGACAGGGCUGGUGGAUUGGGGGGCAGAGGGGAAGGGGUGGAAGAGCAGGGAAGACGGGGCUAGAACCCUCCAAAUUGCUUUGGGAAGGGUCCCACUCCUCCUCCUUUCUAAUCCCCAAGAUGGUGCUGAGGCAGUGCUGGACUCUGGGCCUGGCUUGGGCACCCCCCCAUGUCCCCCUUCCCCAAAUUCCCCUGGCAGCUUCAGGGCGCCCAGGCACCUUUUGGUGUUGGCUGGGUGCUGUGCUGGGGUUCAGGUGCCUCCCAAGGAGUCCCCAGAGCUGGGUGACACAGGGGGGACACACGGGGGUCCCCAUUCCUGAUCCAUCCUGGGGCCCGUUCUGUCCCCUCUCGAAUCAUGGUCCCCCCGCAGGGUCCCCCCGCGUCCCUCUCCACUGUCCCCAGUAAACAGGUGUAGUGGUUUCAGGCAGAUUUUGAGAGAAACCCUCCCACGGGCCCCCCUCCCCUUCUCCAACCGGUUCGGGAAAAAGAUUUCCUCAGAGAGAAGUGGA